AUGGAUAUCACACAGGCGAUUGUUCUCCGUGCAGAGAGCCUUUCAACGUCACUCGAGCUGGUCGACUUUCUCGAGAAGAUCUGCCUCAUUGUCGGGGUGCCUUGGGAGACUGCCAAGCUGGCCUACAAGUGGCAGACCGACCCCGCCCAAGCUGCCCCACAUGCUCUGGCAACGGAUGCUGAUGUGCAAAGUCUCUUCGAGGAGAAUGCUUGUCACAAACGUACCUGGUGUGCAGGUACACGCCCGGUCAAGGUUAUAGUAGUCAAUCUGAAUGCCGCAUCACGUACCCAGGCAGCGUUGAAGGCGGCUGAGAAGUGGCGCAAGCUCGAUGAGGCUGUAGCGGAGGUGGCACGGAACUCAGAGGAGAGCUGCGCCACUGAGUUUGAGAUCUGCCGCCAGAAGCUCCGUUGCCCGCAUUGCCAGGAGGGGAAUGGGUUCUGUUGGGUGGAUCCUAAGGACCCUCUCGCACUCCAUGAGUUGCAGUCUUGGGCGCGUUUCAUGAAGGACGGCAAGGCAGAUCGUGACUGUCUUCUCCCUCCAAACUCGCCACUCUUUGACCGCUUGCGGGCGUCCCCCUCCGAGCGUGAACAUGGAAAGAAGAACACGAUGUCACCCUCCAUCGUGAUCCACAACCACCUCGCUAGUCCACUCUCCGAUGCCUCAUCUCUCACACGCCUGUGCCCUCCCUCCACCUUCACGUCUGGUGCUACUACAUACGACUACGACGACGGCGACCCCAUCCCGAUCACCAAAAUCCUCGAGGCACUCGACCAAGCCAUGCCGGAGGCAAAGUUCUCCUCGUUUGAGGGAGCUUUGAAGAAGGAGGGCUUCUUCUAUGCGGAGAACGUCCUGGAUUACAAGAACGACACAGAUUAUUUUGUGUCAAAGGUCAGCAUUCCUGCAGGUUUGGUUCACUCAUUUGUCCGGCGUGUGGAACGUGAGGUUGGUACUCAUAAGCGCUGCCGUCUCAAUGAUGGUACUGCUCAGCACAUUGGGGGUGAGAACGUUAACACCAGUGCUACCUAG